AUGCCUCUUUGGGGUACAUCUCAUGCUACAAAGCUGAAACGACAAAUGAACAAAAGCGCGAUGAAGCCUUCUAUAUCGUCAGAUACAGAAGAUAAAGAGAACCAAAACAUCGACCCAGUAAAGCCAAAUCAGGAAGUAUCGUUGAUGGAAAUCCUAAAAGACGUGAGAUCCUCUUUGGAGGAGCUGAAAACUCACGAUGUCGAAAGAGCUGAAGAGAUACGUUCAAUUCGCCGUUUGGUAGAUGAUAGAGGAAAGGAAAUGGAUAAAUUGAGGGGCAUUGUUGCUGAUUUUUUCGCCAAAGACUGCCCUCCAUCUAUAGACUCUCUCUCCCACUCGUUAUCAGAGAAGAAGAAAGAUGAGCAAAAGAAAUCACCUCCAAGAAAAGCUGCAGAUCCCAAAAAUAAGUCUCCCCUAUCUCCUGAUUAUCGUCGAUGUAGUCCCUCAAAUAAAGAUUUGGGAAACAAG